AUUUGCGUUAGGUUCUCCCUAAAAAUUGUAAACAAAACGUGUUUGUCCGAGUUUGGAUACAAAUGGAAGCUUUAAAAGAAUUUGCAGCCUUUCUUCAGAAGGAUUCACGAUUGGAUCUGAAAGCCGUAGCCCUGGCACAUAUUUUGAGUCUCAGUGGGAAUGUCGAUGGCCGGACAUUGCUGGCAAAUUCUACGGAUGUUUUGAAUUUAAUCCUCAACCUGACCACUGACUCCACAGCAGCGAUCUGCAAGGAUGCUGUUCUGACACUUGUGAACAUUUCUUCUGAAAAAAGUGGGGCCAAAGCUCUCUUGAAAAGUUGUCCGGGACUUUUUAAAAUUCUCUUUGAUUCGAUUCUUAAUGAGAAUGACAAACUAGCGGAUCCAUGGUGCAUGAUUUUAUGCAAUAUUUCGCGACAGGAAGAACUUGUGGAGGAAGUUUUAGAGGAAUUUGACAGAGAUCCUCAAAAGCUGAAUAAACUUGUGACUUGUUUUACAAGAAUAGGAUUCAACAAAGCAGGAUGCAAUCUUCACUAUAUUGGACCAACAUUCAGCAAUUUUUCUCAAAGCGCCAAAGGAAGAUCCAUGAUCUGUGACAGAGAAAAAUUGUACUUCCAGAGAAUUCUGCCAUUUGUUGAGUUCAAGGAUAGUAUCAUUCGCCGAGGAGGAGCUGUGGGCCUGCUGAAGAAUGUCUGUUUCGAUUCUACGCAGCAUCAUUGGCUGCUGAGUGAUGAGGUCAAUGUACUGCCCUUCAUUCUGCUUCCAUUGGCUGGUCCAGAAGAAUUUGACGAGGAAGAUAAUGAAAAGUUCCCAAUUGAGCUUCAGUACUUGAGUCCGGACAAGGAGCGCGAGGACGAUCCAGACAUUAGAAAAAUGUUGCUUGAGUGUCUGCUUCAGCUCUGUGCUACUCGUAGCGGUCGGGAGUAUCUGAGACUGAGGGGUACCUACGAGAUACUGAGAGAGUACCACAAGUGGGAGGUAAAGCAGGGGGAUGAGUGUAAAACGACAUUGCUUGCGUGUGAAAAUGUUGUCGAUGUACUGAUAAGGACAGAAGAUGAAAUCGGCCAAGAUAAUUUGAAGCACAUGCAAAUUCCGGAGGAGGUGAACAAGCAGUUAGAGAAAUUAGAUUUACUAAAUGAUGAGAAUGUACCACAAUAAUGCUUUUUUAUUACAAACAUUUCACAUGAAAAAAAAAUUGUAACCAUUUUUUUCUGUUCUGUGCUAGUUUUCUUUUUUCAACAUUUUCCGGUUUUCUAUACUUCGCUAGAAAAUAAUUUGAAACAGGUAUUUUAAAUACUUCCAGACAAUUUUCUUCGCGUGAUCCUCAUGCUUUUCGUUUGUUUCACUUGCAUUGUUGUGAUCAUACUAGGUUUAACAUCUGCCAUCGUUACUCCGUCUGCGGUUACUCGGAAAUUUUUGAGAAAAACUGAAAUGAUGGUUUUCAUUGAAAGCAUAGCGUAUUUGUUGCCAAUGCAAUUCCGAAGUCCUCCGCCAAAUGGCACAUAGCUGUAAGGAUGUCUCUGGGCUACAUUUUCAGGAAGGAAAUGUUCUGGAUAGAAUUCAUUGGCUUUUGGUCCCCAGAAUUUUUCACUGCGAUGCAGUCGAUAACUCAACAGAAGCAAAUUUGUUCCUUCAGGAACCACACCAUU